GACGCCGCCUGGCCGCGGUGGCUCAUUACAUGAUGAACCGGAGUGGCAGCGGACAGCAGAGAGAGAGAGACGAGAGAGCAGAGAGGGGAUCCCCGGGAUUUAUACCUCUGAAGACAGCCAAACAACCAACAUCUGAAUAAUCACAGGGGGGGGAACACUCGGUCAAGCUCCUCCUAGACUUCGGUGAGAGCAGCCAUGUCAGAGGAGGCAGUGCGUCAAACGCGCAGCCAAAAGCGGGCUCUGGAGAAGGACCAUGCUCCCGAGGAGCCCCUGGAGGACAUGGACAGUAAACGGGUUAAGCUGGAGAAAGGUGAUGCAGCUGAAGCUCCGCUGGCCAUGGUGGGAUCUGGAGAAGAGGGCGUCAAGCUGAACAGCGAACAGGCUGCGAAGGUAGCGGACAGCAUCCUAAAAUCUGGGGAAGUGAAGGCCACUAUCAAGGUGGAAGUGCAGACCGGAGACCAGCCCGUUGACAUGAGCACAUCCAAAGGUGACAUUAAGAAUGAGCGGCAGCCACCGUCGCCAGAUGAUGUGAUUGUGUUGUCAGACAACGAGCCAUCCAGUCCUCUCAUGAACGGCCACUGCUUCACGAAGACUGACACAGAUAAACUUAUGAAGAGUUCUCCUGAGGAGAGGGAGCGCAUCAUCAAACAGCUGAAGGAGGAACUGAGACUCCAAGAGGCAAAGCUGGUGCUGCUUAAGAAAUUACGACAGAGCCAGAUUCAGAAGGAGAGCACUGUGCAGAAGUCGACUGGCUCAGUAGCGACUCCUCCUCCUCUGGUGAGAGGUAGCAUCACAUCAAGCAAAGGACCCCUCCAGGUGACAGGUCGAAGCUCAGGCACGGUGAUCCCUCCUCCUUUGGUGCGGGGUGGGCAACACAUGCCGUCCAAACACAACUCUCAGAUUGUCAUGCCACCUCUGGUGAGAGGGGCCCAGGUUAGACAGCCUAUUGCAGUGACUCCCCAGCAGAUAGCCAGUCUACGCCAGCAGCAGCAUCAGCACAGCGGCUCAGGCCCCCCUCCACUCUUGCUGGCUCCCAGGGCUUCUGUGCCCAAUGUCCAUGUCCAGGGCCAGAGGAUCAUUCAGCAGGGACUCAUCCGGGUGGCUAAUGUGGCCAACAGUAAUAUCAUGGUCAACAUCCCUCAGGCCUCUCCAACCAGCCUAAAAGGCUCUUCAUUGUCGCCCAACUCUAACAUCAAUGAUUCCCCAGCCAGCCGGCAGGCGGCUGCUAAGCUGGCACUGCGUAAGCAGUUGGAGAAGACGCUGCUGGAGAUCCCUCCACCUAAACCUCCUGCCCCCGAGUUCAACUUCCUGCCUUCAGCAGCCAAUAAUGAGUUCAUCUACUUGUUGGGGCUGGAGGAGGUGGUGCAAAAGCUUCUGGAGAUGCACGGCAGGGGUAAUCUGGGCCCAGCUGCUGCCAUGGCCAGCUCCAUUCCCAAAGAGCCAUACACCUGCGCCCAGUGUAAGACGGACUUUACCUCCCGCUGGAGAAAGGAGAAGGCUGGGACCAUCCUCUGUGACCAAUGCAUGUCGUCCAAUCAGAAGAAGGCCCUGAAGGCUGAGCACACCAAUCGGCUGAAGGCGGCCUUCGUCAAGGCACUCCAACAGGAGCAGGAGAUUGAGCAGCGUAUCCUCCAGCAGGCGGCCUCUUCAUCUUCCUCUAAAACCUCCUCUCCUUCACUGUCCAAGAGUGAGGUGCUGGUGUCCCAGCAGUACAAGCAUGUCAGGGCUGCCAUGCAGCACAGAUCUGUGGCUGCCCACCACUCCAUUAAGCAGAGUCAUCUGCAACACAGCAUCCAGUCGAUGAGCGCUCGUGGUAUGUCCCACUCAUUCACUUCCUCCUCUCAGCUGCAGAAUGCGAUGGCAGCAGCGGCGCUGGGCAGCAGGGCAGGUAAACAUGCUGCUGCACGCCCGCUGCAGCAGGGGGCAAAGGUCAGCGCCGGCAGCAGUAACCAGGGCAACGUGGCUGCCUGGAGGAAGCAGAGCGGUGGCAACACAGGUGUGACUAUGGCCUAUGUGAACCCCAGCUUGUCUGCCCAUAAGACCACCUCUGCUGUCGAGCGUCAGCGAGAGUACCUGCUGGACAUGAUUCCCUCCCGUUCUAUCUCCCAAGCAGCCAACACAUGGAAAUAAUGCAAUCUUCCUCCCCACUGACAUCAUAACUAUUACCCCUCUUAAUAUCAAUAACAGCCAUUCUCAUGAUCAUUCUAAUCCUUUCUAUGGACUCUGCCUCUGGCCUAAACGGUGCAGGGGAGAAUCAGCCUAGUCUUUUGUGGAUAGAGGUGUUCCUUCAGCUCUUCCUCAGAUAUUUCUGCUACCAUCUUCCUUCCCCGAGUCCUUCAUCCCAAAGUGGAGUUGUGCUGCGACAGCUUGGGCUUCUGAGAUGCAAGGAAUAUGUCAAAUUGGGUACCUUUUUUUGGAGGGUUGGGGUUUACAUGGGCGUGUACAAUUUUACAAACUUCUCCAGCGAUGUUGCCUCUCCCUCCUUGUAUAUUGGUCGAACCUCUCUGUUGCACCAAGAGGAAUAAUCCCGAAACUCCCCUGCCUCUGGAUUAGGCUGGGAAAGAAUAAUAAUCACUAUUACACACAUUAAAAAAAUCUUCGCCUUACGUCCUACCCCUCUCCAAGUCUGAGCCAGUCAGACCCGAACUUAACUGAAGAGACCUCACCACAGGGAUCGUGGUUGAGCUCCGAGGACCAUCCACGAAAUAAUAACUGCUUCAGCUUUGCAAAAAUGAAUAAAAUGAGAAAAAAAAAAGGACUAAAAAUGAUCUCUAUCUGCACACAGACUUCCUCUUCUCUCAAACCCACAGCGUGUACAGUAGAGAAGUUGAUGUGUGUCGGAUUAUUUUGUAUGGCUGAAUGUUAGGAUUUUGUCUUUUCAUCUGUAAGUCAUAUACUGUGUUUGGAAUAUUGUGCUCCCUGAUACUUUGGAAGUGGCCUCUUGUCGAGGUCUGAAUUUACAGGCUAAUGUUACUGUUGAGGUGGUUUUACAUCUGCUGGGUUCCAUGUCGUGGCCUACUUUUAAAUACUUUGUUUUUUCUAAAGAUGAAGAGGAAGGUUUCACUAACUCAUGUAAAGACACGGAGCGUAUGUUUGGAGGACUAUUGAAUAUUGUAAAAAAGAAAACAACAAAAAAAAAAAAACUUCCAAAGAACUAGUGGAGCCCAAAUGGUAUCCCUUCUGCUAGAAGGUGUCUAGUUUAUUUGAACCCUCUCUGGAUAUAAACAUGAAUUCAUGCUAGACUGAGGGGGUGUAAGGAAUGUCAUAUUUUUGACAUUGUUUUGCUUUUAGUCAUAGGUUGUGGUGCAUUAUUUUUCUUCUAUAGACAAACUGUCUCUGGGUUUAUUUAUAGGGUCAUGUUAGUAAAGAUAUAUGCUUAUGCCCUAAGUUUGAAUGGAUCUCCACUUAAACUGAUUUGUUUUUCUCUCGUGUGUCCAGUGGCUCCCGCUCACCUUUACCAUCGAUUGGUCUUAGAGAAGCUGGACAGCUUUCAGAAUGUAGUUAUGCAAAAACCCCUAUAGCAACAAAUGACAUGAAACUUCUUAGUCUUUAACAUUAAGGUGUGUAUGAUUUAUGUCGGGUCCUUGAAUUGAGCUAACUAUGCCUUUCACAUGAGCUAUAGUGCAUUUUUUAUCAGGUUGCAGCAGCACAGGAUAAGCUAGUGAAGUACAUACAUUAAACCGGGGAAUUCCCAUUGCUCAUGGAGUUAUUUUAUUAACCAUGUGUCUUUAAUUUCAGUCACUGGGGUGGUCCAGUUUCUUUAACCCUUUACUCAGACAUCUAUGUGGCCUAUUGGAAAGUGUCACAUUAAAGAUUACAUGCAUUUAAGCCGUAAAAAAUGUGUGUGCAUAUUUAAAAAUCUGGAUGUUUUGCAAGCAAUAUGUUAAAAAAAUCUAACUGACAAGAGGCUGACCAUCCCAGCAGUUAUUUUCUGUCCAUUUUU